AUAUAUCGAAUAAAAAGGGACCGAAAAUAAAAUUGUAGCAUUGCAUUUUUGCAUUUCGUCUGGAAAAAAAGGGUUUUUUUUCCUUCCGUGUGAAUCGCCGGCACCGACUCUAAUUUCAGAUUAACUCGAAUCUACUCAGUCUUCUCCUCAGUACAUCAACAAGGCAUAGGUCUUUUCAAUCCGAGAGCAUGAGUAGUUUAGUUGAGAGGCUCCGUGUUAGAUCAGAUCGGAAACCUAUUUACAGCCUAGAUGACUCGGAAGAUGAAUCUGAUUUAAUGCAUGGAAAAUCGAAGAAUGCACAGACAUUUGAAAAGAUAGAAAGAACUGAUGCGAAAGUUGAUUUAUGCCAAGCUUGUGAUGGCGAAGGAGGACUUUUGUCCUGCGAAAGUUGUACUUAUGCUUACCAUCCUAGAUGUUUGCUUCCUCCUUUAAAAGCUCCUUUUCCUAGCAGUUGGAGGUGUCCUGAGUGUGUAAGCCCUUUGAAUGAUAUUGAGAAGAUAUUGGACUGUGAGACACGUCCAACUGCUGCUGCUGAUAGCGAUGCCUCUAAGCUGGGUUCGAAAGAAGUAUAUGUGAAGCAGUAUCUUGUGAAGUGGAAAGGAUCAUCUUACCUUCACUGCACAUGGGUGGCUGAGGAAGAUUUUGUAAAAGCUUUCAAGACACAUCCUCGUUUAAGAACCCGACUCAACAACUUCCAGCGUCAAAUGUCAGCAACUAAUUCCGAUGACGAGUUUGUGGCUAUUAGACCGGAUUGGACUACUGUUGAUCGAAUUAUUGCCUCCAGAGGCACUGAUGAUGAGAAGGAAUACCUAGUGAAAUGGAAGGAACUAUCUUAUGAUGAAUGCUCAUGGGAAUUUGAGUCAGAUAUUUCCUCAUUCCAGGCAGAAAUUGAAAAAUAUAAGAAGAUAAGGUCUAGAUAUGGGAAAGAAGCUUUCAGAAAGCAGAAGAUAAGUCGUGAUGCAGCAGAACUGAAAGCAAAGCAGAAAGAGUUUCAACAGUAUGAAAAGAGUCCUGAAUUUCUUACUGGAGGCUCUUUGCACCCAUAUCAGCUUGAAGGAUUGAACUUCUUACGAUUCUCGUACUACAAACAAACACAUGUGAUCUUAGCAGAUGAAAUGGGACUCGGGAAAACGAUACAAAGUAUUGCAUUUUUAGCUUCUCUUUUUGAGGAAAAUAUAUCUCCGCAUAUAGUAGUGGCACCCCUAUCUACACUACGGAACUGGGAACGUGAAUUUGCUACAUGGGCUCCCCAAAUGAAUGUUGUUAUGUAUGUUGGCUCUUCACAAGCUCGUCAAGUUAUUCGGGAAUAUGAGUUUUACUUUCCCAAAAAACUUAUAAAGAGCAAGAAAAAGAAGUCAAAUCAAACCUCAGCUGAAAGUAAGCAAGCAAGGAUCAAAUUUGAUGUACUUUUGACAUCAUACGAAAUGAUCAACCUAGAUAGUGCAUCACUGAAACCAAUAAAAUGGGAGUGCAUGAUCGUUGAUGAAGGUCACCGCCUUAAGAACAAGGACUCAAAGUUGUUUCUUUCAUUGAAACAGUACUCUACAAGACAUCGCUCUCUUUUGACAGGAACUCCCCUUCAGAACAAUUUGGAUGAACUUUUUAUGCUUAUGCAUUUCCUUGAUGCUGGAAAGUUUGGAAGUCUUGAGGAGUUCCAAGAGGAGUUUAAGGAUAUCAAUCAAGAAGAGCAGAUAUCAAGGCUGCACAAGAUGUUGGCACCCCAUCUACUUAGAAGAGUGAAGAAAGAUGUUAUGAAGGAGCUACCACCUAAAAGAGAGCUCAUUCUUCGUGUUGAUUUGAGUAGCAAACAGAAGGAGUAUUACAAGGCAAUUUUGACCCGGAACUAUCAGCUACUGACUCGUCGAGGUGGGGCCCAGAUUUCUCUGAAUAAUGUGGUAAUGGAAUUGCGGAAGCUUUGUUGUCAUGCAUUCAUGUUAGAAGGAGUUGAACCACAGGAUACUACCGAAUUUAACAAACAGCUUCUUGAAUGCUCUGGGAAAUUACAUCUAUUGGACAAAAUGAUGGUGAAGUUAAAAGAACAAGGACAUAGAGUUUUAAUCUAUACACAGUUUCAGCAUAUGCUAGAUUUACUUGAAGACUAUUGUAACUCUAAGAAAUGGCUAUAUGAAAGAAUUGAUGGAACUGUUGCUGGAGCUGAGAGGCAAAUUCGGAUCGAUAGGUUUAAUGCAAAAACUUCCUCUAGAUUUUGUUUUCUGCUAUCUACUAGAGCUGGGGGUUUGGGAAUAAAUCUUGCAACAGCUGAUACGGUCAUCAUAUAUGACAGUGACUGGAAUCCUCAUGCUGAUCUACAAGCAAUGGCUAGAGCUCAUAGACUUGGUCAGACAAACAAGGUGAUGAUUUUCAGGCUCAUUACUAGAGGAACUAUUGAAGAAAGAAUGAUGCAGAUGACCAAGAAAAAAAUGGUUUUAGAGCAUCUAGUUGUUGGCAAGCUCAAGACACAAAACAUCAACCAGGAAGAACUGGAUGACAUAAUAAGGUAUGGGUCAAAGGAACUGUUUGCUGAUGAGAAUGACGAACAUGGAAAAUCCCGACAAAUUCAUUAUGAUGAUGCUGCAAUUGAUAGAUUACUUGAUCGUGAUCAAGUUGUUGAUGAGGAGGCCACCUUGGAUGAAGAAGAAGAGGAUGGAUUUUUGAAGGCCUUUAAGGUAGCAAAUUUUGAGUACAUUGAUGAGACAGAAGCUAAAGCGAAAGAGGAAGCUCAAAUUCCUGAAAUAGAAAAUAAAACCACUGUAAUCAGUUCUGAAAGAGCAAAUUACUGGGAGGAGUUGUUGAAAGAUAGAUUUGAAGAGCACAAAGUUGAGGAGUUUAACGCCAUGGGAAAAGGAAAGAGAAGCCGCAAGCAGAUGGUCUCUGUUGAUGAUGAUGACCUUGCUGGACUGGAAGAUGUAAGCUCCGAUGGCGAAGAUGAUAACUACGAAGUCGAACAGACCGAUGAUGGAACUGAUGGUGAAGUGGUAGUUGAAGCUGAAGCUGCACCUGUUAGAAAGCCUUACAAAAAGAAAGCCCGGGUGGCACCUCGUCCCCUUAUGGAAGGAGAAGGAAAAACUUUUAGAGUUCUUGGAUUUAGUCAAAAUCAAAGGGCUGCAUUUGUCCAAAUUCUUAUGAGAUUUGGAGUGGGGGAAUUCGACUGGGCAGAGUUUACACAACGACUGAAGCAGAAGACUUAUGAAGAAAUUGAUGCUUAUGCGAAACUUUUCUUAGCCCACAUUGCAGAGGAUAUUACUGACUCACCUACAUUUUCUGAUGGUGUUCCAAAAGAAGGAUUAAGGAUACAAGAUGUCCUUGUAAGGAUUGCGGUCUUACUCCUCAUAAGAGAUAAAAUAAAGAGCGCAUCACAAGUUCCUGGUAGUCCACUAUUUACUGAAGAUAUUGUACAGCGGUUGCCAGGAUUGAGGUGUGGAAGAUUAUGGAAGGAGGAGCAUGACUUGUUACUUCUUCGUGCAGUACAAAAGCAUGGCUAUGGGAAAUGGCAAGCUAUCGUUGACGACAAGGAAUGGAGAGUCCAGGAGCUGAUCUGUCAGGAAAUAAAUCUGCCCUUUAUAAACCUUCCAAUCUCAGGAUCUCAACCAAACGUUUCUGGAGCUAGUGGUUCUCUUGAACAAGCUGCUGGUGCUGGAGGUUUGCAAGCACAGGGUGUAAAUAUUUCUAGCACUGAAACAACGGCUUAUAAUUUGAAGACAGCGGUUGGUGGAAAUGGUUCAGGAACUGAUGCUGCCCAGGGAACCCCUGAUGGCAUCAGCGUAGCACAAAUUUAUCAGGACCCUUCUACUGUUCUGUCUAAUUUUAGAGAGAUGCAGAGAAGACAGGUUGAGUUUGUCAAGAAACGGGUGCUUCUUUUAGAGAAAGCACUCAAUGCAGAAUAUCAGAAAGAAGUUUUUGGGGACGACAAAUCAAAUGAGAUUUCAGCUGUGCACAUGGGGUCUGAGUCGAAGGCAGUCGAGGUAGCAGAUCCAAAUGGCAAAGAGAAUAAAUCCGAGUUGUCUGAUUGUUUGCCCAAGUCGAAUGUAAUCUAAAAAUGCACAGAGAAGGGAGAAAAUGCGGCAAGGAGCAGUAGGGGGGAAGAGGAAGGAACAGUUUAAAAUGAACUGUUGCUGCUAUUUGUUGUUUCUACACUUCAUGUACAAGUCUCUGCCAAAUUUGAUAGAAAACUUUGACAGUCUUCUUAUGUGUCAAAAGGUAUAUUGGCUGUUGUAAAGUUAGGAGGUGGGUGAAUUUGUUACUUUAAAUAGAGGGAUUUUAAUUGGUUACUUCAUUCAAAUAGGGGGGGAUUUCGGUUGAAAUGAUGUUAGCUGGUUCGUCAGAAUUUAGAUAAGCCCUAUGCUCUUGACUAGGUCUUGACUAAUUCCUUUAACUGUUGUAAUAGUGGGAUUUUAUUACUCUUUACGAGCGGAUGUGGUGGAUACUGUAAUGCAUGUACCUCUUAGCUAUUAUAUUAAGAGUAAAUAGGACGUUGCAUCCCUUA